CAUGUGGCCAGGGAAGGAGGGAAGAGUCAGAAGACAGAGAGAAAAAAGAGGGAGAAGAAAGAGAGGAGGAGGGCUUAUACUCGCUGGCCAGGAAAAGACUGUCGAGAGGGAGAGGAAGGAGAGGUAAGGAAAAAAGUGGAAGAGAAUUAACACACGUUGGUAACAACUACAGAGCAAGAGAGAGAGAGAGAGCAAAGCAGGAGUCCGAGGAAGGGAAAGAGAAAGGAAGGGGGUGAGAGAGAGCGAUUAAUAGAGGAGGCGGAUCCGACUCACACUGUGGUCUGAGAGAGAGGAUUCCUGUGUAGUGAAUAGUUUUAGUUGGGACUCCAGUCCUGUGUUCUCUGACUUAUCUACCAGUCUCUGUUUCUGUCUGGACCAUAAGCUCCCAGGCUGGGGCACAGAAGCCCUAAACAUAACACGACCACAACAGGAACAUUACAGGACCACUCUGUUGGACCCAUGCACAGGAUUAUUGCAGUUCGAAGGAGAGGUCGAAACACGCUCUGAAAAUAAUCUUAUCAGAGCAGGACCGCUUUUUGAGAUAACUGUAGAAGUGAAGAGUGACCACUGUGGUUUGACCACAAUCUGAACACAAUAGGACCGUUUGACCAGGAGGGGAAAACGUGGGAACUGUGGGAACCGUGGUUUGAACAGGAACACUUUCCUUUCUAGGGAGUUGUGGGGUCUGUGGUUUGACCUGAACAGGACCGUGGGGGCUGUGGCCUGGACAGGACAGUAACGUGUGGGAGAGAAGGUGACAUCAUGAGUAUUGUUAUGAAGCCACGAUCUCGCUCCAUCAGCUCUCUACGGAACAUGGAAGGAAUCUGUUUCGAUGUGGACAACGGCACAUCGUCGGGGCGCAGCCCACUGGACCCCAUGGCCAGCCCGGGGUCUGGGCUCAUACUGCAGGGCAACUUUGUCCACAGUCAGCGGAGAGAGUCCUUCCUCUACCGGUCCGACUCGGACUAUGACCUGUCACCCAAGUCCAUGUCCAGAAACUCCUCCAUCGCCAGUGACAUUCAUGGCGACGAUAUGAUUGUAACACCAUUUGCACAGGUUCUGGCCAGUUUAAGAACUGUACGAAAUCAUUUUGCUGCAUUAAGCAAUUGUUCACAAGACAGAGCGUCCAACAAGAGAUCACCCAUGUGUAAUCCACCACCCAUCACCAAGACCACCUUCACAGAGGAGGCCUACCAGAAACUGGCCACCGAGACGUUGGAGGAGCUGGACUGGUGCCUGGACCAGCUGGAGACCCUGCAGACCAGACACUCAGUUGGCGAGAUGGCCUCCAACAAGUUCAAGAGAAUGUUGAACAGGGAGCUCAGCCACCUGUCUGAGAUGAGUCGCUCAGGGAACCAGGUGUCAGAGUUCAUCUCCAGCACCUUCCUGGACAAGCAGCACGAGGUGGAGAUGCCGACUCCCCAGACGCAGAAGGAGAAGGAAGACAAGAAGAAUAGACCCAUGUCUGAGAUCAGUGGAGUGAAGAAACUGCAGCACAGCUCCAGCCUCACCAACUCUAACAUACCCCGCUUCGGAGUCAAGAGCGAGACAGAGGACGAACUGGCUAAGGAGCUGGAGGAUGUAAAUAAAUGGGGCCUUAACGUUUUCAAAGUCACUCAGUUCUCUGGGAACAGGCCCCUGACCGUCAUGAUGCACACUAUAUUCCAGGAAAGAGACUUGUUAAAAACGUUUAAAAUUCCACUCGACACUUUUAUAACCUACCUGAUGACCUUAGAAGACCAUUACCAUGGCGAUGUGGCCUACCACAACAACAUCCAUGCUGCUGAUGUCACCCAGUCCACUCACGUGCUGCUAUCCACCCCCGCUCUAGAGGCUGUUUUCACAGACCUGGAGAUCCUAGCUGCCAUAUUUGCCAGUGCUAUUCAUGACGUGGACCACCCUGGAGUCUCCAACCAGUUCCUCAUCAACACCAACUCGGAGCUGGCCCUCAUGUACAAUGACUCGUCAGUCCUGGAGAACCACCACCUGGCUGUGGGCUUCAAGCUGCUUCAGGAAGAGAACUGUGACAUCUUCCAGAACCUGACCAAAAAACAACGACAAUCACUGCGCAAGAUGGUCAUCGACAUCGUCCUAGCGACUGACAUGUCCAAGCACAUGAACCUCCUGGCUGACCUGAAGACCAUGGUGGAGACCAAGAAGGUGACCAGCUCUGGAGUUCUACUCCUGGACAACUACUCUGACAGGAUCCAAGUUUUGCAGAACAUGGUGCACUGUGCAGACCUGAGUAACCCCACCAAGCCCCUGCAGCUGUACCGCCAGUGGACCGACCGCAUCAUGGAAGAGUUCUUCACCCAGGGGGACAGGGAGAGGGAGAGAGGCAUGGAGAUCAGCCCUAUGUGUGACAAACACAACGCCUCUGUCCAGAAGAGCCAGGUGGGCUUUAUUGACUACAUCGUCCACCCUCUAUGGGAGACAUGGGCAGACCUGGUCCACCCUGACGCUCAGGACAUCCUGGACACUCUGGAGGACAACAGGGAGUGGUACCAGAGCACCAUCCCCCAGAGCCCUUCACCCACCCUGGAUGAGCCUGAGGACGGCAGCCGUCCCCCUGGAGGGGACAAGUUCCAGUUUGAACUCACCCUGGAGGAGGACGGGGAAUCAGACACGGAGAAGGACAGUGGCAGCCAACCCGAGGAAGAGGAUGAAGAAGAGGAGAACAGUUGUAGUGACUCAAAAACACUCUGUACGCAGGACUCAGAGUCGACAGAGAUACUACUGGACGAACAGGUGGGGGAGGAGGAGGAAGAGGAAGUGGAGGGAGAGUCCUCUUCAUCACAACCUUGUGUAGUGGAGGAGGAAGAGGAGGGGGAGGAAGGGGAAGAGAAGGGCGAGGAGAAACCAGCCGAUACAUAGCAGUGUAUGCACUGCAACUAAACUUUUCUUCUUAGUAAACAGAGAUGAUUAUUUCUAGAGUAUUUUGGGGGAUUUAUGGACUAUGUCUGUUAUUUUUUUAAAUAUAUUUAUGUUUAGGGUUCCAAAGCGCACGCUGUUCACCCCUUGGCCACUCCUCCCUCCUCAUCCUUGGUCAGCUUCUCAGACACACCCAUUGGUACUUCUACAACUUUUUUGCACUCAGGAAAACUCUUUUCCAUUCCCGUUUGUACCGGAGUAGUCUGUGUGUUAUUUCACUUCAAAACCUAGUCCUAGUGUGUUGAAGUUACAUUAAGGAUUAUGAUUAGAGUUUAGAGUGUGUUUCAUGCUGUUCAUAUACAGUAUAUCUCUACUCCUUUCAGCCUUGGCUGACCAAUGGCGGUGUUUCUGUGUGUUAUUAAGUGCCCAUUCUUCAGAAGUCACUAUAGUGUCUGUUUUUCUUAGUUGUUUGUAUUUAUCAGCAAAGCAACACGCUACGUUGUUGUGUGGUCUGGAUGAAUGAAAUCCCAACAGGACACGUCACGAUGGAGAGAGGCGCUGCAGCACAUUGAGAGAAAAAUGCAUUGUGGGAAUUUAUCAAGACACUUUUCUGAAGUUGAAGUCUUCCUUGAAAACCUGACUAAAAAGGCUAAGAUCUUACAGCUCUAAUGCUCGGUUUAACCUCGAUAGAGUUUUUGUAUCGUACCAUACAUAACAUGGAGAUCUAUUGUAGAUUCUACUUUUGUUAACCAAGAAAAAAAAAGUGACUUUUGAAAACAUUUGAAAGGCACUUGAAAACUGUUGAUGAGAAAUGCCUCAUCUGCCACUGCUUUUCUGUGUGUAAAAGGGUAACUUUUUAUUGUUUUGGGGGAGUAUUGGGGAGUAUUCUCAGACUUACAAAUCAAGCCCUUGCCACUACCCUCUACGCAGUAGAUCUGAGAGGAUUGGAUAGAUAUUAGCGGAUCCAAUCCUCUCAGAUCUACAGGAGUGCCUAAAGGGUAGGUGCUAGGGCUUGAUUUGGGAUUGCACGUUUAUCAAAAAGCAUUUACACUAUUACUCCCAUACCACUGUCCCCAUGUUCGGUUGUCAUAAUCAUGCAACAAUCAUUUCAAGGAUUGUUCUCCCUGAAGAAAAACAUGACACAUGUUGACACAUACUUGACUUUACGUUGAAUGAAAUCAUUUUGUCUGACUGACCAGAAAGAAUCCUUGAAGUUCUACUUAUUGUUGCCUGCAGUAAAUAUGAGCGCAUGUCAUCUUACAAUGCAAUGCUUGUUAGAAGCAUUGGAGUGCUGCAUUGGAGUGCUGCAUUGGAGUGCUGCAUUGGAGUGCUGCAUUGGACUGCUGCAUUGGACUGCUGCAUUGGCGUGCUGCAUUGGAGUGCUGCAUUGGAGUGCUGCAUUGGAGUGCUGCAAGUGUACAGAGGUGAUGUCACCACACUCUGCUGUACUGUGGAAGUCUAUGGGGGGUUUGAUACCUAUAGGAAUGUUAUAAUAGAAUUUUGGUAAUUUGGCGGGUUGCGACACUUUUUGUGCUACGCACAUGGUGACCUUAUUUCCUAUUACUUGUCAAUCAUGUCUCCAUUUCCUGAUUGUGGUGUAGGGAGGUGGUCAAUUCGAUUUCAUAUUCGGGACGCAAUUUAUUGAAUAAUAGUUCAAUAAUAAUAAAUAAUAAUAAACACAGAGAUUAAUCUUUCAAAUCCCUCAGAUAAAGUAAUAGCUUUGUGAGAUGUCUGAAAUAUGUACAGUGACAGUCAUUAUAACAGCAACAUUUGUGAGUGCUAAUAAGAAACAAAUCAAUUCCGGUUCAAUAAUUGAAAGUUCCUAAUUGAAAAUAAAUAGCUCUUUUCAAGUCUUGAAUAGGAAUUUCAAUUAAUAUCCUGAAUUUACUUCAAAUGGAAUUGUCCACAGCCCUUACUUCAGGUCAGUAAUAUUUUCCAAUGCACUUCAUGGUUGAUGUUUUCACACAUUAGCGGUCACAGCCAUUCUGAUUCCCAUGUAAAAUAGCCUUUUGAGUGACUAAGAUAUCACUCAUAAUAUUUGGGGGGGAUAGAAAUGUUCAACAACAAACAAAUAACUACCAGGAAGUUUUAAGGCGAGGAGCUAAUAUUCAUGAGCUUGCCUUGAUUGACAGCUCUUAGAAAGGCCUCAUGAAACUUGAAUGCAGUGAGCAGUGUUGCAGUAAAAUCAUCUCAAGCAGAUUUGGUGAAACACAAGCAACUCAAACAACAUUGAAAUUGCAUCAAUGAUGUACAUAUUUUAAUCUCCCAUUCGGCAUGUCUCUUGUGAUGCGGUUCACAGCAGCACUGACAGAUGUGUUGACAUGACAACUGCGUCAUAGUUUUGUUCGACCCUCCCCCCUUUUGUUCCAUGCUGUCUGAAGACCUAGCUAGCCACUAGCUAACACCAGACACAGAUGAAGACCUAGCUAGCCACUAGCUAACACCAGACACAGAAGAAGACCU